GGUGGGUGGUCUGGAAUUCUCACCGGGCAUGCUGCACAUCUACUCGGACAGGCUCCUCACCAUGCCAGCCGCCUUGGGCAUUGGUGGAGGGGGUGCCCUCUUGCUGCUCAUUAUCGUCAUUGUCCUCAUCGCCUACAAGAGGAAAUCGCGAGAUGCAGACCGCACUCUGAAGAGACUCCAGCUUCAGAUGGACAACCUGGAAUCCCGUGUGGCUCUGGAAUGCAAGGAAGCAUUUGCCGAACUGCAGACCGAUAUUCACGAGCUCACCAGCGACCUGGAUGGUGCCGGCAUCCCGUUCCUCGACUACCGAACCUACGCCAUGAGGGUCCUGUUCCCGGGAAUAGAGGAUCACCCAGUGCUCAAGGAGAUGGAGGUGACAGCGAAUGUGGAGAAGGCCCUCACUCUCUUUGGUCAGCUGCUCAACAAGAAGGUCUUCCUGCUGACCUUUAUCCGCACCCUGGAGGCUCAGCGAAGCUUCUCGAUGCGUGACCGGGGUAACGUGGCCUCGCUGAUUAUGACCGCCCUCCAGGGUGAGAUGGAGUACGCUACCGGGGUCCUCAAGCAGCUCCUCUCGGACCUGAUCGAGAAGAACCUGGAGAGCAAAAACCACCCGAAACUGCUGCUGCGGAGGUGAGUCUGAGGGGGACCUGCAGGAGG